AUGGACGAUUUUGACGCAGCCCCCCGCUCCUCCAAGCGACGCCGAACGGGAACAUAUGCCACGAGAAGGCGGACGCUGGCAUCAUCGCCUCCGAACUUCGUCGACAAGACACAAAAAGAGACCAGGGUGGCCAAGUCAAACAGCGAGCGGAGAACAGGCUCGAAACAGAAGGGUUGGUCUACCGAGGGUGAACAAUCUAUAGCUGUUGACAAAGAAGAGACGGUUGAGCAAGAGGAUGAGGAAUCUGCUGCCGAGGACACCCCGCGAAGGAGCAGUGACCGGAGAAGAAACAAGGCAAUAAUAGAUGGUGUUGCGGAUCCAGUCUCGGAUGCGCCCACCCACAACGCAACACGUGUGGAAAUCAUUGAUCCCAGUGUACGGGAUGGCAGAGAACAUUCGUAUGAUGAGCCUGGCGCCCCUGGACCGGACGACGGACACGGUGACGAGGACAGCACGGCGAGACCACGAUCGAGCAAUCGUAUAAGACGACCAUCUCGACGGCUCGAAUUAGCUAACGCAGAACCGGCAUUACCAAGUUCUAAACGACGGAAAAAGUCUGAUGGGAAACCCCCGGUCGAUUCCAUAUCAACACAGCCAGUCUCUGUCACCGCCGCAUCCACUCUCCUGUCGCCACAACCAAAAGGGAUACUGACCCCCUCACGGCGUGGUCGUGGUGGUAGGCCCGGGCCACGCAAAUCGGUGGCUUUUGAGGGCACCGUGGACGACGAUCAGAGGCAGAUUGAAGAGCAACUCGGCUUCAAGGACAUCGCCCUCUCGACCAAGAAGGCCGGAAAGAGGCGGUCAAGGGAUGCCGACAGCACCGAAGUGGUGGACCCAGCACAAGACCGGGAAGGUCUUGAGGAUGCAGGCGCACCUCUAGUAGACGAAGAUGCUGAAGAUGAUGCAUCCCUUCUGGACGAGCCGUUUGAAAUCAACGACAUCAUCUCAGGCUUCCAUGUCUCAGACGUUCCUCCACCAGGAAAUGGCCCUUCCUAUCCCCCCGAAGACGAAGAUCCACAACUCACAAAUGUCAAACUCCAGAUCUUGUCUCGUAUCACAGACACCCACAGUGGGGGUCUCUCUUUCUCACCCUCGCCUGUCCCCUCCCAUCUGCAGACCCAGUAUACAACUCUCCAUGCCCUCCUCACGGCGACGGUGGCGUCUGGCGAAUCCAAUUCUCUCCUCCUCCUUGGUUCUCGUGGCAGCGGGAAAUCCCUCCUCAUCCGACACGCCCUGAGCAACUUGGCAAAGACCCAUGGCGACGAUUUCCACGUUGUCAAGCUGAACGGGUUCUUCCAGACUGACGACAAACUGGCGCUGAGGGAAAUAUGGCGCCAGCUAGGGAGGGAGAUGGCCGUCCCCGAGGACGAGACGGGAGAAGUGAGCAGUUAUGCCGACACGAUGGCGAGUCUGUUGAGUCUGUUAAGUCACCCGGAGGAGCUGGCCGCCGACCCGGACGCCAUGGCUCUUGAUGACGACAACAACAACAACAAUAACGGCACGGCGGAAAGAAACACUCAAGGUAGAGUAAACCAUGCGUCGAAAAGUGUCAUCUUCGUCCUUGACGAGUUCGACCUCUUCACCACCCACCCGCGGCAAACGCUGCUCUACAACCUCUUCGAUAUCGCCCAGGCGAGGAAAGCCCCCAUCGCAGUGAUCGGCUGCUCCACGCGCAUGGACGUCGUCGACUGCCUGGAGAAACGGGUCAAGAGUCGCUUCAGCCACCGCUGGCUACACAUCCCCAGCGUGAAGAGCCUCGUUGCCUUUGAGGAGGUGGUCCGGGGUGUCCUGUGCUUGCCAGUCGAGGGGAAGGACGCCCUGGGUGCCACAAAGGAGGAGCUCGGUUGCAGACGGAGAUGGAAUGAAUACAUCAAGACUCAGUUCCUCCCUGCGUCAUCCACACAAGCAGUGAUGAAGAAAAUCUUCUACGGCACGAAAUCCAUUCCGGACAUGCUGGUGACGUUACACAUGCCCAUUGCUACCCUAUCUCUCCCUGCGGAAAAUGGAGUCGACGGCGGUGACCUUUCCAAAUCCCGCCCACCCAUCAUCGCCGACACAACAAGCUCGCCGCCAUCAUUGCUGGACCUCCUCCCGCAUCUGCCCAUCCUUCAUUUAUCCCUCCUCGUCUCAGCCGCACGUCUGGAGACGAUCUACGACGUCAUGGCCGCGAACUUCACGCUCGUGCACAAACAGUAUACCGAGCUGCUCACUCGUUCCAAGCUUCAACGCUCGUCGUCGUUCUCGUUCUCGAAAGCUGGUGCCAUAACGGGCACAGGUCUGAGAUCGUGGAGUAGGGACACAGCGAGAGCGGCGUGGGAGGAUCUGGCGCAAUGGCAGUUCAUUGUGCCGCAUUCGGGGGUGGGCAGCGCCAGUGGGGCAGGAAGGCUAGGCGACGAAGGGGUAGGAGGCGAUGGUAUAACGAGUAAAAUGUUCAGGGUGGACGUGACUCUUGAUGAGAUUGCGUGGGCGAUCAAGAAAAAGUUUGAUGCCGCCUCUACCGGGGAAACUUUGAUGAAAUGGUGUAAAGAGGUCUAA